AUGCGAGGGAAUCUCCUUGGUGUGCUCUUGAUUCUCCAGGUCCAUCCUUUCUUUGCCUUUCUUGGUGGAAACGCCCCUAUGGUGAACCAUCAUGCCUUCACUCGCAAGACCAGCCGCUCCUUCUGCAUGCAGGGACAGGAUACCGAGCCCCAGAGAAAAGUCUGGAGUGGACCGGGGAACCCUUUGAAGAAAUCCUCGACGAAAUCCCCUUCCUUCUCCGACGACUUGAUCGAGGACCUCACCAUGAAGCGCUUCGGCAACGGCUGGAUCUUCUACGGGGAGCGAGAGACGACCAAGAACAAAGACUACGAUGCACUGGCCAAAGAAGCCGAGGAUCUGGUCAACCAGCGGGUGAUCCGGCCUGACGCCGUGCUCGUCAUCGGCUCCCUGAGCGUGACCGGGCAAUGGAUGACACUCAAGACGAUGGAGCAGGGGCUCAACGCUCGUAUCCUGACCAAGGAGUUCGACAAGGCCGAAGACUGCUUUGGUACAGACGGUGCCAACCUCGACAUCUACUACGGAGAUGUCUUCGACGAUGCGCAGCUCGAGAACGCGAUGGAGGGCAUAAAGGCUGUAAUCUACUGCGAUUCGGGAUCCCUCCCUUUCGGGGAGACUUCCUUUGAAAGACUGAGCAAGCAAGGGGUCGAGCGUGUAGUGGAGAUGGCAAAAAGAAUGCCAAAUGUCAGGAGGAUGGUCCUGAUCUCUUCGGCUGGAGGCGUGUUCAGCAACCAGCAACUGGAAGCGCAACGGGCUGGCGAGGCGCUGCUGGAAAAAGCCGGGCUGUCAUAUCUCAUCAUUCGAGCUGGAAAGAUGGAGAACAAACUCGGGGGGAUGAAGAACAUCGCGGUUUCCCCAUGCAGCGCCCAGGAGAUGCCGACGAAGGCGACCAUCACUCCCGCGGACGUUGCGGACGUUGCCAUCACAGCUCUGAUGAUCGAUGACGUCGUCUUCAAGGCGGACAUGGCAGCAGCAGCCAAGGGUGAAGCCCCUCCUCGCCUACCCAGAGUCAGCAAAGGCCUGUCGAUAGACGCCUGGUUGACGGAGGAGGAGGCAGAGCCGGAUCAGGCAAGGACUUUGAGGUGGACUCAUCGUACUGACAGUUUUGUGCAGUUCACACAUCUGCUGAAGGCACUGUCUAAGGCCUCCGGAUGA